AACCCCCGAUGCGAGCCACCAAGACCCCGCAUGAUUGAUCGUGAACCUGUUUCAUCACACCAGCACGCUGCACCCAAAAGAUGCAGUCCCCCCUGGCAAAAGAUAUGCCACUCGAGUAGACUGUAUUAUUUGAGAGGACCUUUUCGACGCAGCACAGUCCACCAUACUCUCGCCUCAACACCAAGACUGAGUCCAAACGGUAAAUUCCGCCCCAUAAGCGCCACAAUCUUGACUUCCCCUUCCAGCAACGUGCUGCUAGCUCGUAUUACACAUGGCCCUGACAAUCUUGCUGCGAACCACAUCCCGAAAGACAGCAUCUUUGGAUAA